AUGGUUGACCGACGGCAUCCGUCGUACAGGAACAACCAGCAUAAGCCGAACCCUGAACUCAUCCAGAGAUUUCAAGCGCAUUUCUCCGGUGUUAUUCUCCCCACCACCCAUGCAGCCCCCGACCAAGUCCCCGCCCAGACGAUUACACCCAGACUUAGUGGCGGCCUCGAGGCCAGCGAUGGUGCGCCGCAGACUCAACAAGACCUCCGCUACUCCGCGGAGUUCAUCGAUCCGAAUUCGUUGGACUUCGUGAGCCAAGCCAACCAGCCCCAUGGCUACUAUACUCCCAAUUCCGGUGGUCUCGGCGCCAUGUUCCAUAACCAGGCCGGCGACUUACAUACGCCCGGCAUGGGCUUGCAUAUGAUGACACCACUCUCGCUCCCUCAGCAGAUUGCCGGUACCGCCGCAAAUGCCGACGGCGCGGGUCUCUCGAUGGACCAGUUCAAUCCAUCCUUUAUCCCCCAGCCAUUCCCGAAUCCGCAGGCUUUCGCACAACAGCCCCCGUUUGCCCCUGCCCCAUUUGUUCAAGAUUCAGGUUACGAUGCCAUGGAAGAUCAGGUGGAUGGACUGUCGCUGAAUGAUAUGGACAUGCAGGGUAGUGUUCAGACCAUGGCGCCAACGUUACAGCAUCUGAAUCAGAUGGAGGAUCAGUCCAUGGGUGAAAAAUUCCGUUAUCAUGUCACCUUGCGCGCACCAACCGCAAUGGUCAAGGAUCGAAACGAAAUCCCCGUGUCAUAUCUCAACAAAGGCCAAGCCUAUUCCAUAUCAGUGAUCGACACCGCGCCGCCGCCCAUCAGCCAUCAACCAGUGAAGUACCGGACGUAUAUCCGGGUUUCUUUCCAAGACAAAGAACAGAGAUCGAAACCCGCUGCUUGCUGGCAGCUGUGGAAGGAGGGGCGCGGAUCGAACGAGGCUCAUCAACGUGGUGGCAAACUUCAGGCGGUCGAAUAUGUCGAUCCCAUCCAAGGCGGUAUUGAGGGCCAAAAGAACCGCCCUGUCCAGCUGGAGAGCUCUUCAUUCGAUGGCUUUUGUGUUACGUGGACCCCAAGCCCGACUACUGGGGUGCCGGACUGCGCAAUCUCCGUCCGAUUCAACUUUCUCUCCACCGAUUUCAGCCAUUCGAAAGGUGUGAAAGGGAUCCCGGUCAGACUGUGUGCGAAGACGGAGAUGAUUGUUCCAGACGAGCAGACCGGUACCAGCGGUGGUGAUGCGGAAGUUUGCUAUUGCAAAGUCAAAUUGUUCCGCGACCAUGGCGCGGAGCGGAAACUAUCCAACGACGUCGCCCAUGUGAAGAAGACCAUCGAGAAGCUCAACCAACAAAUUGCACAAGCGGAGAUGGGCGCUGGGAACUACGGCAAGCGGAAGCGCAGCAGUGGCUCGAUCGCCCUCAAGAACACUGACCCUCGCCCGUCGAAGAUCACGAAACAUAAACGGACUUGGUCGAUGGGUUCGCAGGAGGCUCCCGAGAAGAUGAGCAUGGAGGAUGACCUCCGUGUCAAACUGGCCUUGAUGAACGAAAUGUUCGGGUCGACUCGAACAGUGAGCAUCCUCGGACUGCGUGGCGAAGAGGAAGACGAUCCCGAUUUGUUUCCGGUCAAGCUUCCCGAUCCGCACAGCUUUGUCAAGAAGGAGGUGGGCCAAUUCAGCAUCGAAACCAAGCCGGGUCUCCAGACCUUGUCUCCCACGAGCAGUUCUAUGUCCAUAAACUCGCCCGCUCAUGUGGCGUCGAGCCUUCAGCAGCCGGGCCUUUUCUACGAUUCGGGAUUCCAGGCUUCUCUGAGCGCAUCCGCGGACAAUUCGCGUCAUUGCUCCGAGAUUGGUGGCGAUCGAGUGCUGCUGAGACAUCCGGUGAAGGUGCAAAGACUAUCUUCUGCUGGGGACAUGCCGCAAGGAUUUAUUGAAGCGGUGGGCAUCGACCCCACAUACCGACCCCCGGAAGAGCGUCCGGCCAAGCCGAUUGCGUGCUUUUAUGUCCGCUUCCCUCGAGGCGAUCCGGUUCAGGACGACUACUAUCGGGCUGUCUACUUGACCGAGCGCACCGUGGGUGACCUGAUGCGCCAGAUCUCGAUGAAGCAACGGAUAGACCCUAACCGCAUUUUGCGUGUUGUUCACGUCAAGAAGGACAAUGGCAUCAAGAUCAUGGUGGACGAUGAUGUCGUCCGCGAGCUUCCCGACGGCCAGGAUAUGGUUGUUGAGAUUGCUCCAGCCUCAGCCUGUGACGAAGCCAUCUCCCCCACCGAGAAGAGUUCAACUCCCGCCGUUGAAGUCAAGCUGAGCUACUAG